GUAAUUUUACGUGAUUAUUGUUGACGCUAUAGUUGUUUUGUCCACAAAAUAAAGCGUUUAUAAUAAAAAUACACUGUGCUGAUUAAUAGCUAAUUAAUAUUAAGUAAUUGUCGUGACCCAUUAAUAAACAUGGCUCAAAGAGAAAGGCGUUCUAAUGCCGGCAAUCGAAUGGCAAAGUUGCUUGAUGAAGAAGAGGAAGACGAUUUUUAUAAAACAACUUACGGGGGUUUUCAAGAGGCUGAAGAAGACAACGAUUAUGUUGAAGAAAAGGAAACUGAAGAUGUUGUUGAUUCAGAUUUUGAUAUUGAUGAAAAUGAUGAGCCAACUUCUGAUCAUGAUGACGAGGACAAACAGAAAAGAAAGGUUAACACAAAAGCUUACAAGGAUCCAAAUAGAAAACGUAAAGGUGUAGUCGAGAAAACAAAAAGAGUUGUAAAGAAACCAAAAGAAUAUAAAAUUAAAGCAGAAACAACUAUAACACCAGUGGAAAAAGUUGAUAAAUCUAUUAUUGAUCCUUCAAUAGAACGAAAAUCAAUAAGACAAAGUACAGCAGUCAAAUCUGCCGAGACUCAACAGAGGAUUAAAAUAAGGUCGGAGUUAAAAAAGAAGAAACCCAAAAAAGUAGAGGAGAGAGUUCUUACACAAGAAGAAUUACUAGAGGAAGCUCUAAUUACAGAAAAAGAAAAUCUUAAAAGCUUAGAGAGAUUUGAACAAAACGAAUUAGAAAGGAAGAAAGUGCGACCUACCAAGAAAACUAUUACUGGACCGGUAAUAAGGUAUCAUUCUUUUGCAGUUCCAGAACCUUUAGUAUCAGAAAUUAGUAACAAACCUGAAGAAUUAGAAAACACUACAUCUUUAGAUGACAGUAAAGAUGAAGAUAUGAUUAAGAGUGAAAAAGAAACAACAGUAGAAAAUACAGAUGAAAAUCCUAAGACCGAAGAGAAACCAGUUGUUGAGGAGAGUGAGAUAAAAUUAGAAAGAGAUACGAGAACAAAGAUGGAUGUAGUCGGUCCUGAUGAAGAAAUUAAAAUUGAGGAUGUUAAAUUAAAAAAUGAAAAACAGAACAAACCCAGAAAUGCUAAUUGCAAGUUUUUUGAAAGGACUCUAAUAUCUUUUGAAAAUGAUAUAAGAAAUAAAGCUUUCAAAUCUUGUUUCCCAACUUCAAAACCUAAGAAACGACGCGAGUUACUCUGUGCUGUCACUAAGAGACCAGCCCGUUACAUAGAUCCUAUCACAAAGCUGCCAUACAGAAGUGUGGACGCUUUCCGUAUAAUCCGGGAAGCUUAUUAUCAACAGUUAGAAGCACGUGGUGACCGUUCCGACCCUCAAGUGAAAGCCUGGCUCGACUGGAGACGAGCUAAUUCCACUUCAAAUUAUGUUCAGAUACAUAUCAAGUGACCAGUGUAUUGUGCUAUGGUGUAGUGACAUAAUUAUGUGACAUAAAGAAAUAUGUGGUCUAUUCCAAAAGAAAACGUAUUCACAUGGUCAUCUCACCUAAAAGACCUCAGCUAAAAGAAACCCGUUGUAGUAUUUCUCGGUAAAUAAAGUGAUUGUGGAAUGUAACAAAUUUCCAGAUAGUGUAGUUAAUGACUUCAUCAAUAAACUUUUAAAAAAAAGACUAAAUAAAUAAGAUAUAUCUGAAGUAUUUGACAUACAUCAGCUAGUGUUAGUGUGUGAAGAAAUAAUAGAAAAAUAAAAUGAAUAGAUACGGUGUGUUUCAAAUAACAAUAAAUUAAUCUA